AAGGAUCACUAAAGAAACGAUCAAAGCGAAGCAAAAUUAAAAAAAAAUUCAUAACUGCUGCAAUCUUCGAGCUCUCUUCCUACAUUUUCAAGAUUUUGUUUGAAAUUUAAUCUUAGAAAUCCGCUUUCAAUUUUUUCGUUUCAUUUUUUGUUGGUAUUGAAUUUUCGUUGUGUUUCUCUCUGUUCAUCAAUGGCGGAAAUGAAGGAUGUUUCUCAUGUUGUCGAAAUCCCAGUAGACGAAGAGCAUGAACAAAAGAAGCUAGUUUGUGUCGUGGACACAAUCUCAGCCAUCCAACACCACCCAUUAAUGGAGAUAUCUCAAAGCCCUGGCCAUCUCUUGCUUCUAAAGCUAUGGCAAAGGGAGGAAGAUAUCUUUGGCCGCCGCAUUGCGGCUAAAGAGUCCAGUAUGGACUCAAUCAGAAGAGAAUUGUUUCAACUGUGUUGUUUCUUCUUCGUCUUUCAUGGGUUCUUCUUCACCAGCUUGUUUACCUCUUCAAAGGAGGAGGAACACCACACUUGCAAGAAAUGGUGGAUCCCUUGUGUUCUGUCCUUGUCAACUUCACUUGUGUUUGUGUUCUUGGUUCAGGUCAAGCUUUGCAGGUACUGGAAAGUGUGGAAGAAGUUGCAGAGCGAGAGGAACGACAGCCGAGCUCUCACAAGGUGUAUUCAGCAGCUGAGAAUGAAAGGGGCAACCUUUGAUUUGUCAGAGGAACCACAGACUGGAAGGAGAAUGAAGAGUUCUAGUGUGGAGAUCAAAUGGAAGUCUCUUACUUGGUUUUCGCAGAAUCUGAUAUCCAUUUGUCUUGUUUGCUUUGCAGGUCUGGUGCUUCCUCCUGCCAAAUUCAUUCUCUGCUCGUUUUGAUCAAGGAUUCUGGAGGAGGCCUAGAGGACUCCACAUCACUAGGAAAAAAAAACAAGUUCAAACAGAAUUCAUAAUACUAUUUGGAUCUGCAAAGAACAUUCAAGCACUACCCAUCUGAACAUCUGCAAUAUUUGGGGGAGGCUUCUUGUGCUUCAAUAGAACCAACCAAG